AUGUCAAACGUAGACAGCCAAGGACCGCUAUCGCUGGAAGAAAGAUGGCAAAUAUGCAAAAUUCAGGAUGACCACAAGGCUUCCCUCAUUGAGGAUUUGUUCUCUCACAUUGCAGAGCUUUCCGACAAGCUCUCCGAGGUUAAGAUGGAGCUAAAGGAAAAGAAGAUGCUAGUACGGUCUCUUUUCGAUACCGAUGACAGGAUCAAAUAUCAGAUCGAAAAGUUGCAAAACGAGAAAGCAUGUUGUACAACCCGCUAUACCAGCCAGAAAGGCACUGACCCAGCUAGGACAAACACUGUUUUGCAAUGGUCCUCGUUGACGGCGACUUUUUCUGAUGACUUCGCGAACAAUCAGUUUCUGGAUGAUCUUAUUGAGCAAGGACUCGAGGGAGGCAAGAAAGCUGCAAGCCUUUUACGUCUCGCUGUUUUUGAUGAGCUAAAGGCCAUUGACCCUUGCCUUCCGCAUCACUUGCAACUGGCCGUCCGCGUUUACGCCAACUUAAAGGGUCUGGCCAAGACUUACACCGAAAUGGGCGUUAUCCCUGAUCCGAGCGUUUUGGAUGAUUUCGUCCGAGGCUUCAACAUGUGGAACGCAAUGUGCGACUUUGUUGACGCGGGUAAUGGCAAGGAGUGUACGGAUGAAAAGUUGAAGGCAAAUUUUGAGUCUAGUGUGUCCGAUGUUCACUGUCGACAUGUUUUGUUUGGUGGUUCGGCAGAUAGCGGUUACGCUCGCGUGUUGGGAUCGUACCUCGAUAACGAUGAGAUUCGCAAGAAGGUCGUCCUUCUCGAGGGACCUCCAUUUGCGCAGGAGCUAGCCGAGAUUAAAGACCAGUUCCGCGUCGCUUCUUUCAACAGGGUUUUCAGGCGUCAGAAAUUGUUCAACAACAUCAAGCGUAAGGUUUCUUACAACAUCACACCACCAUUGACGCCCUCGCCCAACUAUGCGUCAGCCGCUGCCAGAGCUCCAUCGGUUCUCGCUGGAGACCUGCCAGUCUCAGCUGCACCGAUCCAAAUUGCGUAUUUGGCCACCAGUGUCCUCGUGAGAGUUGCAAUGGGGCAAGCUGCCGCCUGA